AUGGCCGACAUUGACUGGGAACGGGGCGAGUCGUCAAGCGUGGUCCCUCUGCCAACCGGACAACGGCUCUUCGCAUCCGUCUACGGGCCAGAUCGUGUGCCCGGAACUCCGAUCGUGAUCUUUAUCCCAGGGGUGGCCUGCAGCAUCACUGAGUGGGUUGUUGUCCGUCGCCUGCUCCAGCCGACCGUUCGUACUCUCCUAUACGAGCGAUCGGGAAUAGGUGCAUCGGAUGAAUCGCCCACUCCUCCCACAGCAUCUAACAUCGCCCUCGAGCUAGAUACUCUGCUCAAAACACUGGGAAUUGCUCCACCCUACGUGAUUUUAUGCCACUCAUACGGCGGGAUUAUCUCCCGGGAUUUCAUCGAUCUGCACCAAGGGGAGGAUCGUGUUGAGGACGUGGCCGGGGUGGUCUUCGUGGACGCUAACCAAGAAAAGAGCACCAUACUCUGGCCUGACGCCAACCUCGAUGCAAUCCAAAAAGGAAUCGACUGGUUUACUGUAAUAGGGCUCUCUAAGGCUCGGGUUCUAACGGAUGCCGAAUGGCAAGCGGUUCUGGACGAGCGAGAGAGCGAGAAACACCAAGCUACUGGCAAAAGGGAAAUGGAGCAUUACGUUAAUAGCGUUGCGGAGCUGGGCCUGAAACACCAGCUCAACCGAGAUCCCCCAUUGUUGAAUAGUUGUCCAAUAAGUGUUUUGAAAGGACACCCGGAGAUGGAUCUACGCAAAUCCUUCGAGGCUGGCGUCUCGAUUGGGAAUGGGACUCCUGAGCAGAGGCGCCAAUUUUCUGAGAAACUUGUUGUGUACCCUGCCAUCCAUGAUAAGUUGCAGCGAGAGAUACUUUCGCUGUCAAAAAGCCACCGGUUUGUGGACGUUGAGGGGCACGGUCACUUCAUCCAUAUCAGCGCACCGGAGGCUGUUGUGGCAGAAGUCAACUGGGUGUUGCGGAGCAUUUGA